AUGAAACAUACUCAUGGUGGAGAGCAACAGGAACACGGCGCCGACACCGAGAACGCUAGAUACGAUGAAGAGCCGCAACGAGGACGGGGCCGGAGCAAGCUCUCGACGCCUCUACAGAUCCCCAAGAAUCGUAGUGCCGGUAACCUCGCCGUCGUGUCCGAGUCGCCGGUCCGAGAGGGCGAGUCCCUCGAGCGUUCGGACUCGAGGAUUCGAUUCUCCUUCGAUGCCGGAUCAAGUGUUGAUUAUGACUCUCUCACAAGGUCUUCCCUUAUGACGGAUCAUGACCAUGGCCUUGGCCCGUCCGGUCUGCGACGAAUUCGGCAGAAUCAUCCCGUACGCGCUCCAACCCUUCCCUCAUCUGCCGCCUCCUCUCGAAGUCCCUCAACUAGUCUCGCGAGGACGGCUUCCCUAGUAAUGAUGAUGUCGCCUACCAACCAAACCCCAAUGUCCGCCGGUCCCAGCUCUCCGAGUUUCACAGAGGACCUUUCUCGCUUCCCUUCUGAAUCUCUCCACUCGUUUUCGUUCGCCCACCAGUCUGAGGACUUUAUACAAAAUCGACAGAGUGUUUUGAAGCGGUCUAUAGAAUUCAUGAAAGACCGCAUGGGCUGGGCUGUUUCGCAUAAUGCUGCUAUAGCAAGUGCCCAAGCAAGAGUGACGGGUGAUGUUGAGACGCAAACCAUGCUUGAUCUUUUGGCCAAGGCACAGCUUUUGGGUGCCGGUAAUCUUCCACAUCAGGACAUUGAUUCGACCUUUGUGCCUGGUCCCCUAACUGGCCCAGCCGAUGUAUCCGGGCAGAAUGUAUUCGAAAAGGACUUCAUCCCAAGAACGCACAGCCCAGAGUCCUUCUCAACGCCCCUCGUCUCUCCCUCUGAUGCAAGGUCGCCACGUAUGGAAAGUCUGUCAGUUGUCAAAUCGACCGAGAGCAAUAUAUCCCCAAAAACAAAGUAUUUGGAGAUUGCCAAGGAACCGUCAGACUCGGAGAAUUCAUCGCGAACACCCACGAAUGAAAGCGCAACGACGGCAGGAACUUCACCUCCAAUCUCGACGAAGCCAAUUCUCAAGAGGACGUAUACCGACGUGGCACCCAUGUCCAUGCAACAAAAGCUCUUGGACGCUCUUUCGCAGCCCUACGUGGCUGGACAACAACCGUCAUACCCCGAUGUGUUGAUCUCGCCUACGAUACCACCACAUCGUGGUCCCUCGUCCCUAAGCAUUCCGGGUAGCCUAAGUUCGUCUGUCCAUGGUCAUACCACUCGAUGGGUUCCCGCAGCACAGGCCAUCUUUACAACAGAAUCCAAACCCCCGUGGACGAUUCUGGCAGCAAAUGACCUAGCAUGUCUUGUAUUCGGUGUCACUAAAGCCGAAGUCCGGAAGAUGGGCAUAUUGGAAGUUGUACAGGAAGAACGGCGGGCAUGGCUGGAGAGCAAACUGAAGGGCAUUGAUACAGAUGAGCUUGUUCAGGUACCAACUCCGAAGAAAGCAGCCAAACCACCACCAGUUUCGAGUGGCUCGGCUCUGCUAGGUGGGCGAGGCGGGAUAACAGCUCAAUUGCUGAGCAAGCCGAAUUCUCGAGCACAACCACCCAAGGCACCUCCGCUACGUGCGCAGACUGUUCACAGCGGAGAUGUGACUCCUUCGAAGCCGCGAGCUUUGGCGAACCACAAUAGCACAAAAUCUAGAGGAGUUCUGCUUUGUGGCGAUGUGGUUCCGAUACAAAAGCGUAAUGGCGCAACGGGUGCAGCAAGCUUAUGGGUCAAGGAGAAGCGGAUAGGGCUCAUUUGGGUUCUCGAGGAAAUUCAUGAAGACGUGGCGUUUAUCAAGCUCGACGAAGAGGGCAUUGUGACCAAGAUCUCGGGCGAAACGGCACCGAUAUGGGGGGACAACUUGAUUCAACCCGGUAUCGAUAUCGGAAAGCUGAUUACGCGGAUCCCUCGUCAAGGUAUUGAUCCUAGAGAAGGCGCUAUUGACUAUGCACAGAUUGCGAGGCGCAAGUACUUCACCUGCCGCAACAGUAACAAAACAAACAUACCAGCUACUGUCGUACAGACUAGAGGCGAGACGGAGCUACGGGUGUCGAGCUUCCCCCACAUUGCUGGCAUUGUUGUUGUGGAAACGGGCUCGCUGCAUAUCAAGAGCUCGAACUCAGUCUUCUGCGGGGCUUUAUUUGGGCACGAGAAGCCCGAUGGUCUUCACAUUAACAAUCUUAUUCCCGACUUUGACAAGAUUAUCAACACGCUGAAAGAGCAAGAAGGCGUCCAGUUCCAAGACGGCAUCGUCAUCCCAGAGCACAACUUCAGAAAGGCAGCAGCAUUCUACGCGGUUCGUGCAGGCAGACCAGACGCUCCGACCAACUUUCUAAACCCCGAAGGCCUACCUGCUAAACACAGGGACGGCACAGAGCUGAAGAUCGACGUCCAGAUGCGCGUCGUCAAGAGUGAAAAGAGAGCCAAGAGUGAAUCUGGCGGAAGUGACGACGAAAUGUCUUCGUCCGAGGAGGCCAUCACAUUCAGCGAACCGGAGCUGGUCUUUGCACUGUGGAUCACAUACUCGAGACAUCUACACGCACCGAGACUUCCUUCCAUUGCCACCAACGAUUCACUGCUCUCCACGGCAGAAACACCAUUACAUCAACCAUCCCCGGGUCAGACUCCCGCACGCUCGCCGCCUCGCGAGGUCAGUUCUGAUAAUGACGAGGAAGAGGACGACAAAGACGGCCUUGACCAAGAGCGCCAAGGCAAUGAGAAGGAGUCGAGAAAAGUAUCUACCGCUUCAGCUCUGACGACGCAACUAAAGAAUAUGGCAAUCAACGCCACGGCAAAAAUAACCGGAGGGGCAAAGACCGAUGAGAAGACUGCCAAAUCAGCUCAAGCCGUACCCAAAGUUGUUGAACCUCACACCGGCAAAAAGACAAUUGAUGAUUUUGUCAUCUUGGAGGAUAUGGGACAAGGCGCCUAUGGUCAAGUCAAGCUUGCUAGAUACAAGCAAAACGGUGGUAGAAAGGUCGUCUUGAAGUACGUCACAAAGAAGCGGAUUCUGGUGGACACGUGGACCCGAGACCGAAAGUUGGGCACAAUCCCCCUAGAGAUUCAUGUGCUCAACUAUCUACGAAAGGAUGAGCUCAGACAUCCAAACAUUGUUGAGAUGGAAGACUUCUUUGAAGAUGAGACCAAUUACUACAUUGAAAUGGCUCCUCAUGGUUUGCCUGGCAUGGAUUUGUUCGACUACAUCGAGCUACGAGCCAAUAUGGAGGAACGAGAAUGCCGGAGCAUAUUUGUCCAAGUCGCGCAGGCUGUUCACCACCUUCACACCAAGGCGAAUGUAGUUCACCGGGACAUCAAAGACGAGAAUGUCAUCCUAGACGGGGAGGGGCAUAUCAAGUUGAUUGAUUUCGGAAGUGCAGCAUACAUCAAGAGCGGGCCAUUUGAUGUAUUUGUUGGCACAAUUGAUUACGCGGCCCCCGAGGUCCUUGCAGGAAAUCCCUAUGGCGGCAAAGAACAAGACGUAUGGGCUCUGGGAAUUCUGCUCUACACCAUCAUCUACAAGGAGAACCCCUUCUACAGCAUUGACGAAAUUAUGGAUCGAGAUUUGCGGGUACCUUAUACGAUCAGCGACGAGAGUAUCGACCUCGUCCGCUGUAUGCUCAACCGAAACGUGUCUCAAAGAUACACGAUCGACCAGGUCAUCAACCAUCCUUGGUGUCAGAUGGAGCUUUAG